GGAGGUGAGUCAGAGGGGGAGGAGGCUGAGCUGCACACCACUGAGUUGUAGUUCUCCUUUUGGGCUGUCCCCAGUUUUCCUUGCUGUUCUCCUUUCUCGACAGAGCCUCGGGAGGGCGGGGGGAGGGGGGCGAGCCCAGCCUUGCCCCGCAGCCCCCGCGGCCGAGCCUCCUCCCGCGCUGCCCAUCCCGGGCCGGACCAUGGUCCCGCGGCCGGAGCCCCAGCUGCCUGAGGUCUCUCCAGCCAGUUGAGCCCUGCCCAGCAUGCUGCCCUGACUCCGGGGCCCAUUUUCAUACAGCUUGGAGUUUUCCUGUGUGACUCUCUCAGCCCAGAAGAUCUGAAGGCCCCGGAGGUCCCCUUCUCACUGGCUUCGGAAGGAGCCAGCAUGGCCACUGCUGUACAGAGCGGUGAACUGGUAUUUGAGUUUGCCAACGGCGGGAUGGAGGAAAUCCAGCAGCUGGACGAUCCCUCCGUGUUUCCAGCGGUGAUUGUGGAGCAGCUGCCCUGCCCAGAGCUACUCCACCUCUACUCUGGGCUGGACCGGGAUGAAGUUCCCAAUGGCAUCAUGGCGGACCGGGACCUGGGGGUGGACGAAGGGCAGAUGCUGGAGGGAGGCCUUGUGGUGUCAGAUGAGAACAACCAGACCGUGAUGGCCAGCGAGGUCCUACUGGACGUGGAGGCCCCCAACAACAUCCUGGAUGAAAGCCGCAUGUUCAGUAGCUCCGGGCUAUUCGCCGAGCAGGACUCUGCAGGAGCCUUUACCAACCGUGUGCUUUCUACCUCCUCCGGAGCAGACAUCCCGACCGAUGGAAGCGUGACCGCCAAGGGAUUCUCCGUGCUGGAGGAAAGCUCCAUGGACAAAGGCCUUGGGAGGCCUCUGCCAGUGAGGUCAAAGAAGAAAGCCCAGAAGACGAAAGCGUCCCGCUGUGCCUCCCCCGUCAGUGAGCCCAACUUUCCCAUCCGGAAGAAAUCUAAGGAUGGCAAAGGGAACACCAUCUACCUGUGGGAGUUCUUGCUGGCUCUGCUUCAGGACAAGAACACCUGCCCCAAGUACAUCAAGUGGACCCAGCGGGAGAAGGGCAUCUUCAAGCUCGUGGACUCGAAGGCCGUGUCGAAGCUGUGGGGGAAGCAGAAGAACAAGCCGGACAUGAACUACGAGACCAUGGGGAGAGCUCUGAGGUAUUAUUAUCAGAGGGGCAUCCUCUCCAAGGUAGAAGGGCAGAGACUGGUAUACCAGUUCAAGGAGAUGCCCAAAGACCUGGUGAUAAUCGAAGAUGAAGAUGGAGAGGAGGCCAGCGCUGAACUCCAACAGGCCCCACCUCCACGUCGAGCUGCUAAGGGUUCGACCCGGCCUUCCACUCAGCAGAAAAAGGAUCCCUCUGGGGAGGCUCUGCAAGCAGGCCUACAGGCGGCAUUGAACCUGCAGGGCCUGACCAAGGAGAGCUCAGCUGCCGCCGCCACUGCGGGGACCCCUCCCGGUGAGGUUCGGGGAGCUCUGGCUCACACAGUCAGUGCAUCUUUGGUUUCUAACCACGGCGGCGUGUCUACAGCGGGAGCCGGCGCGGGCCUGGGAGCCCUGACCCUUCAGACCAUCCCGCUGGCCACGGUGCUGGCCGGCGGCUCCCCGGCCACCUCGGCCACCUCGCCCCAAAUCGUCCUCCAGGGGGUCCCUUCGGCCUCGGCCUUCAAGGACAUCGUCACCCUGCAGGCCGCCUUCCCUCUGGGGUCUAGCUUCCCGGAGGGCUCCACCGCGCAAGGGCGUCCCUUCGUCCUCAGCAGCCUCUCGUCCGCAGCGCUCGGGUCCGCGUCCAGGCCCCCGGGGACCCUGGUUGCUACCAUCAUUAGGACUCCGGGAGUGAAGGAGGCUCUCCCCGGGUCCCCUUCCUACCUGCAGCCUCAGCCGCUUCAAGUACAGGGGCUCCUGGGUAACUCCCAGGCCCAGGAACCCCCGGGGAUCCCCAGCAGCUGCCCUUCUGUCGGCCUGACCCCCGUGGCUGAACUGGAACUUGCCACCAGCCCAGGGGCCCUGCUGGUAGCCGAGCCCAACCUGACCCAGUCGGCGGUGGUGCUAGCCGAAGGCCUGGGCCCUUUCCAGGAGCCCAGGACUGGAGCUGAGGGAGGUAGGGGAGAAGGGGAGCUCUGAAGAGAGGGACUUCUGGCCCUCUUUGGACAAGGACUCCUCAAGGGAGCUCCACCCACCAGUCAAGUGCCAGGGCCAUCUUUAGGUGAAUCUCUUUCAGCUGCCAUCUUGAAUGAAACUCUCCCCUCCCAUCUCCCCGGUGCUUGCUUUGGUGUCACCCGGGGGGGCGUGGCAGAGAGUCAGGGGUGCCACCAUGGGGUGGGGGAGAGCUCUCCACCAUCAGCCUUAUUGUUCAUGCCCAAACCUCCCCCUCCCCCCCGGACUCUCUGUGCUAAAGAACCCGCCCUUUGACCUUGCUGCAUCCGGGAGAGGCCCGGCCAGUUUGGCCAACCAGGGCCCGCCUAGAAGCAGCAAGGGGCGACGGCUUUGGAUCUCUGCUCUGCCGCUCCCUAACUCUGUGACCUUCGACAAGCCCCUCACCUUACUGAGCCUCGGUUUCCCUACCUUUAAAAUAAGGGGUUGGAUUAGAUCACUUCCUAGACCCUCUCUGACGAUAGGGAUCCUCCGAUCUUCAAAUGCCGGUGAGAAGCCAAUGAAACUCGUCACCGGUCCUCUGCCAUUUUUGACCACGGUCAGUCGGGCAUCCCUGGCCUCGGGGACAUCGAGACACGCACCUUUGGAGCAGGAUGCCCGGAGCCGGGGUGGCCCCCCCCCAAAAGCCCCCACCGAGGCUGGGCAGUGCUAACUUUUGGGUGCUGUUUCCAUUGCCCUGACUAGACUGUGAGCUCCUGAGGGAGGGGGGAGGGGGGAAGGGGGUAGCGAAGGGUGUCCGGGUCCGCCACCGUGGCCGGUCGUCGGGGAGUCCGCCCGGCUCGCAGCCGAGCGAGCUCGCCCGAAUCGGUUUCUCCUUUGCCCUUCCCUGCACCGAGGGACGCCCCGUGGGGCGGCUCGGGGGCUCUGUCCGCGGGUGCUCGUGUGUCUGUGUGCCCGCCCACACGCGUACACGGAGGUGCUUGAGUUUGUCAAAACCAGCAUGGCCCUAGUGGCCAAAGCCCUGAAUCGGGAAUCCCAAUCCAGGCUCUCCCACUUCCUCUGUGAUCCUGGGCCAGUCAUUGCCCUUUCUUGGGCUUCAAUUUCCCCCGUGAAGUGGAGGAAAUAACACUUACACUACCUACCUCCCAGAGGUGUUUUGUAAGGAGAGCCCUUUGUACGCUCACGAAGGGCUCUAGAAAUGAGUUAGGACACCUGAGCCGGGAGUCCUCUCCGGGGACCCCGAGCUCACGGGCCAGGAACAUUCCCAUCCUGAGUCUGUCGUUCAGGAACUCCUUCCCAAGUUUUCGGGAAGCGUCUUCCAUCUUAAGACGGAACGACUUUUCCGGCGAUCGGUGCCGUCCGAGGUCUCCCACCGUGGGAGAGGAUAGCUUCGGACUUGACUCAGACCCGUCUCGGUCGGGCCGAAGAAGGCCGGACGGGGCCCCGGCUCUCCGGGGUCCCGUGAACGAGUCGGUGCUCGUUCCCCUCGGCCCCUUCUCGAUUGUAUGUGUUCUUUGGGUCUCCCCUCCCCACCAGUUUGCCUCUCUAGGCUUAAGAGGCCUCCUCUUCAUGGCUCGGUCUCCCGCAGCCAGCCCUCUCCUCUCAGCACCGUGGAGGAGCUGGGAGAAGGAAGGGAGGCAGAUCGGAGCCAUCCCGGGACCUCCUGGGCAGAGGAACCUCGCUAGGUAGGGAAGAAGGGAAUAGUCAUUUUCCCAUCUGCCUGCAGAGAUGACAGGCCCUGCCCAAAUAGAUCUAGCCAUAGAUCAAAAGAUUUAGACCUGGGAGAGAUCUCAGAGACAUCGGCUCCCCACUCCCUCACUGAGGCUGAAACCGGGACUUUGAACCCAUAUCCCAAGGACUCCCGGCCCUGGACUCCCCAGCCCCCUCCCUGAUUGGUCAGACAGCCUCAGGGUGGAGGGGCCCUACAGCCGGGUCUGCCGGAACCCAGGUCUCUCCCCGCCGUCCUCCGACGUCCCGGCGCUCGGCCCGUGGCUCCAUCGACGAGUACUUCUUGAGCGCCUAUCGCGUACCGGGCGCCGUGAGCCACCGGGAGAGCGGACCGAAAGCAACCCCUGAGUUCAAAGACUUAUUAAGGAAAUGUUCAAAAGAGAAGUAAAAACUGUGAACAAAGUAGAGGCGGCAAUUGGAAGGGGAGGGGGCUAGCAAGCGAGGGAACUGGGAAAGGCCUCUUAGAAAAGAGGCUAGAGAUCUUAAGCGAGUGAAAGCGUUCCAGGCUCACACACGGAGAGUAGGUCUGCUUCGGGUCUGCGUCGCGUGAGAGUCUCUCGGGGCCCAUCAGAACAUCCCUGGAGGCUAAACUGAGUGCGUGUGUGUCCGGGGCCCGAGAUCGUCACGCAAACUCAGCCCGAGUCAGAGACGGCAGAGAGACCGCCCCCUCUUGUGCUUUUGAGCUAGCUUUCAGUGUCAGGGACUCUUCCCCACCGCUGAGGGGACCCCAGGGAACCGUGCUCGCUCUCGGCCCCAUAGCCCGAGUGGUGACUCACAUAAAGGGAUAGAUUUUGGUGCUUAUUAAGUCUGCAGAUGACACCUGACGUGAAAAAGAUUAAAAACCUAACUUGCGUGAAGUGCAAAGUCGGGUUCCCCAUUCUAGAUGAGAGAAGGUCGCUAGGCCCUUCGUCUGAAAGCGACGGAGGCCGAGUGCCUGGCAGCCUCCGGGGGAGUCGGUGGUGGGAUGCGGCGGUCAAAGGGGCGAGAAGCCCGGAGUCUAGGCCUGGGGAACGACCCUCCCCUUCGGCUGCGGCCCGGCCCGCAUCAGGUCCAGGCUCCGCUUGGGAGGGGGGCGUCCAGACAAAAGUGACCGGGGGAGUUGAGGGCCUCGAGAUGGGAGGCUAGGAGGGAGGUAUCAGGAACACCGAGAAAUGGCACGCUCACUACCAGCUGUGGCGGUUCCAAGCUGGAUGUCAGAAGCAGCUUUCUAACACUUAGAACUGGGCAGACCUGAGAGCUCUCUAACGCUCCCUUCCUCCCCGACACCCACACUAGCUAGAAAUGAUUUUGUGUUAUCGGCUCUUAAUUGCCUGAUUGGCCAUUAAAGCGAUGGCAGCGGUGGGCUAGUCCCGGGCCUCCCCGUCCCCACGGCAAGAACGGUGGACCCGGAGGCCCCGGGCCGGCACUCCUUUUCCCUCUCUGAGCCCGAGUUUCCUCUGGGUAAAAUAAAAUGGUCUUUAAGCUCCUUUCCAACUCUCUAAAUCUGAGGAAUUCUGAGUUUUUGAAAUCAAAUUGAAUGAUAAGCAGAACCACCAAAAAACGAAAUACACGACGACUGCCGUUGUGUCAAAAACGAGAACACUAAAGCUGCAUGUGGAAUUGUAGUGACCCAUCUGCACCCUUCCGGGGAGGACGAGGCGACGCGGCCCCCUUUUCCUUGGAGAGGCGGGGGACUCCGGGUGCAGAAAGUUGGGGACGUCAGACGUGGUCGCUGUGUUUUGGCGUGGUUUUGCUUACCUGUUUUCAUUGUUACAAGGGAAGGCUUGCGGGGGUGGGGACGGGGUGGGGGUGAUAUAUCUGCAAAUGACUAAGAUGUAAAAACAAAAGGCAUCAAUAAAAGUUGAGGAAAAAAGCGA